CGCCAGUUGUCGCAUCAGCGAUAAGGGAGCUACCCAGUACCCACGCUGCGUUAGCGUUCCAAAAGCGACCUUCCCACUUGUGAUUUCCAUUCAACUUAUCUUUGGGCAUAAAUUGAGGACCAUUACUUUUGUUUGUUUAUUUGUGGUCGAGCAUAUCGUUGAAGGGGAUAUAUAGAGAGGUUAUCCACGCGGUGCAGUGUGGAGAGAAGUUGCUGAGCCUCGUCAUUGAUCUAUCCCAAAAGCUGCUUUUCACGACCUCUAGCUUGUCUCCUCCUACAGUAUUGAUCUCAAAGUCCGUCCCAAUGUGAAGCAGGCAUAUCGUUUUUCACUGUAGUUCCAAGAAGCAUAACCACCACUAACCACAACUUCAUCAACAAUAUUUAGGUUUUCCUGGAAAUAAAAUACAAGCCAAAAUAAUUUGACGCUCCCAAACGUUAGUAAGUUGUUUUCCAUCACGUUUUAAGCCAGUCUCUUUCACAGUUUCUCUCAUGAAAACAACUGGCAAAACAUUGCUCAUGGCUACGUGCUUCUCAGCUGAUAGAGAGAGAGUGCUCUCUUACUCUCACUUGCCUUCUCUAUCCAACUUAUUUUUUUAACAAAUUUUUUUCUUCAUUUCUAUUUUUUGUUUUUAAUUUUUUUUUGAAAAAUUAUAUGCGAAUGAAAAAUGCCAGUGUUUUUUGUCACAUCCCAGACCACGUGGUUUAGACAUGGAGCCAUGCUUAUUUGAUUAUUGAUCAAAGAAUGAGGUCAUUGGAAGGUCUUUGCAAUGGAAAAAAUUGCCUACUCAUGCUCAGUGUACCUCCCUCUAAUGGAAUGUGACCUAUAUAUCGAGAUUACGGAGAAACAAUGAAACUCUUUCACUCUUUUUGGAAGUAUUGAAAGUUUUGAUUCGUGAUAAAACUUGGAAAACAGUGUUAGGGAGGAGUCUGGUGGGCUAGUUCGACCAUGAUAGACCCGAGCUCAUCGGAGGAAGAGAGUGAUGAUGAGCAAGGACACCAUCGAAGCCACCACCACUCUCACCACCACCAAGAUGAGUCUCACUCCCACGGCCCGUCGCACCAUCCACACUCUAGUUCACACUCCCAGUCCAGCUCGACACCACAGCAUCAUGGUCACCACACUAGUUUGGAUGUUCCUCCACAGUCUAAUGCCGUACCUACAAGGUCGCUCUCGCCAGCGAGUAUUGGAUCUGCAGAAGCAGCGACUCUCAGUGCGGGUACUGGGGUCACUUCGAGGACCAACUCCCUGCCCAGGCCCACCAGUCCCAGUCCGUCAGUGGUUAGUGAGAAAGCCGAAAAUGACCUCCAGGUAAUUCUUCAAUCAAAUAGGUUAACAUAGGUCUGGUUCUAGGACUGGACCAUUCAACCUAUAGAUUUAUAGUAAUUUGUUUCAUAUUUCCUAUAAUACGAAAUACAUUGGUCUAUGUGAAUAAUUUGAGUUUAAUGAACUGAAAUAUUAAUAACAACUAAUCAACAAACUGAUACAAGUUUUGUUAAUCACAUGAUUCACAUUGGUGGUAAUCAGCAGAUGAUUCGCCACUGAUUUAAUGGUCAUUAGAUUUAAUAUCUGUCCUUGAAACUGGCUCAUAGUAUAUUGCUUAUUCAUAUUACUUAGGCAGAUAAUCUUUAUUAUAUUGAAGCUUUCUUAUUUAUAUUCGUAAGUGCGAUAUCUCAAUAGUGCGAGUAUUUCAACUUUUCGUUUUUUGUUUUUAUAAUAUAAUAAAAAUGAUCAACUCAUUUCAAAUAAUAUAAACAUAUUGACUUUUAGAAGCCAAAACCUAAACUCCCUAAUUUCUCCUUCCGCCUUUAAAACCUAAUUAUUGAAAAGAACCUUUUUGGUUUUGUUCAUACACCAGACAAAUUGAAAUCUCGUAGUAUUGAUGUACUCCCGGUUUAAACUGCGUCUUGUCCAUUAUUAUAAUAGUUUAAACUAUUUUAAAAUAGUUUAAUAGCAUAAUAGUUUAAACUCGAGUUUAAGCUGUGGAUCCGUAUACUGAUUUCAUCUUUGGCCAGAAAACGCCAAGUAAACUUUUACUGAAGUAAAACGCCCAAAUUUGGUCAUUUAAGAUAGCAAUAUGCGUAAACGGAAUGAGCAGUGAGCCAGUAUUGCGUUUAUUUUCAAGAUAAUAGUAGACAUUUAACAAAAAUAAUUGAAAGUUUAUUCUUCAAUGUAUUUGAAAACUUCAUAAAAGUAGUGAGAUCGAUACUGUCACAGCAUUCCUCGUAAAAACCAAUGCUGACUGUUCACAAUGAAUCGCGAGGUUUUGAUAGUUAAAAGUGAGGUUCUAUGGUUAUAAAGCGAGGUUAGAGUGUAUAAAGCGUGUUUUGAUAGUUAAAAGUGAGGUUUUAUGGUUGUAAAGCGAGGUUAGAGUGUAUAAAGCGAGUUUUGAUAGUCGUUAAAGAAAUUAAUUUUUCAAGAGCUUGAUAAAUAAUUUAUUACUGUAAACAUUUAUUUCUCUCAUACUUCUUUGAACUUUAUAUACACUCAUAAAAUCAUACGAUCAAUGCCAAAAUGAUUAAUGUUUACUCAUUGUUUCUGAAUUCUGAUUCGAUAUAUGAGAGGAAUCAGGUCAGCCAACUCAUAGUUAUUGUGCUUCAAUAAAGUCGUUUAAAAGUAAAUAAGGUAGUUUGUUUACAGGCAUGUUUACAAUGUAUGUAUUGUGCAGAAUAAAAGUU